GGGUGGUAACGUUGCGCGCAUGAUCAGCCGGUUAAUAAGACGCCGGUUUGGAAGUUUAAACAGAUGAGAGAUGCUGUCAGGCUGAGGACAUAACCGCGACCAGAAAAUAGGUCAGAACCGGGAUUAUAUCAGUAACAAAUCCGCGCUGGGAGCGACCUCGACACAGUGAGACACGUACGUUUGGACCAUGGUUCAACAGACGGAACAUGGCGGCCAGGGGAUUACCAGCGGGUCCCGCGAGGCGACCCAUCCCGAUGAGAGUGAGCUGCUGCCGGCCUCAGCGUGCAGCGCCGUGCCGACGAAGCCAGACUGGUGUAAGACAGCGUCCGGGCACAUUAAACGGCCCAUGAACGCCUUCAUGGUCUGGUCCAAAAUCGAGAGGCGGAAGAUCAUGGAGCAAUCACCGGAUAUGCACAACGCGGAGAUUUCUAAGCGGCUCGGGAAACGUUGGAAAAUGUUGAAAGAUACCGAAAAGACGCCGUUUAUCCGGGAGGCGGAGCGGCUCCGGCUCAAGCACAUGGCUGACUACCCGGACUACAAGUACCGGCCCAAGAAGAAGCCCAAGACGGAGGGGGGAGCUUUUCCUGCGGGAAAGUGUGCCGCUCAGUCCCCGGAGAAAACGGCUGUCAGACCCGCGAACAAGAGCCACUCCGCCGCCAAAAAACUCUCCAAGUUGAAACCCAGCAAGCCGGUGGUCGGUCCGGUCCGAGCGGGGGGCCAUCUACCACAACACCAGCACAUCCAGCACCAGGACCCCCGGUACCGAUACGUGCUGACCACCAGCUUCAAAGCCAGCAAGCUCGUUAAACGGGACUUUACCGACGAGGAUGAGGAGGACGAUGAAGAUGAUGAGGAUGAUGAUGAUGACGAAGAUGACUCCGACGAAGAGCUGGAGUUCAAAGCGGACGAGGAGGACGAGACGUCCCGCUACAGCCCCGCCGCCGAGCCGGAGGGAACCAGCAUGUUCGAGUCCUCCGGCCGGCUCUUCUACAGCUUCAAGAACAUCACCCGGCAGGGCCCCGGUAAAUGCUCAUACCCGGCCUCUCUCUCACCAGCGUCCUCGUCCCGGUCCGGCUCCACCUCCUCCUCCUCCUGCUGCGGGGAGGAUCUCGAUGACCUCCCCACGGAGAGCUCUGACUUCACCCUCAACCUCCUGGCUGGCCUACACGCCUCAUCCGAGCCGUGGAACUCGUCGUGCAGCUCGGGUAACCUGAGCCUGUCCCUGGUGGAUAAAGACCUAGACACGUGCGGCAGCGAGGGUAGCCUCGGGUCCCACUUCGAGUUCCCGGAUUACUGCACCCCGGAGCUCAGCGAGAUGAUCGCCGGGAACUGGCUGGAGGCCAACUUCUCGGACCUGGUGUUCACGUAUUGAUCCCUGGUCGGGGGUCACAGACACCAUACCGGGCCAGGUAAGAGGAUUAUCAGGGUCGAUGCUCCAGAUUGAAGUUGGCAUCUAAUUCACAGCUUUUGAAACAGCUGUUAUGGGAAGAUCCUGGAAACAAGGUCGUGAUCUAAAACCACCACUGCUCGACUUGUCAGACCUGAACUAGAUUAUCUGGGAGAGCUCACACUCAAUUUUGUUAAUGUAGAAGAAUAAAAAAGUAGAACUAAUCUCUGAAUCACAUUUGACCUGUUCCCUAUCCAGAACCAUAAUACCUUGACCAUUCAAAUCCAUACUAGACCAACCUGAAGAGGCCACAGUCUCUUAAAAAAACUAAUUUUUAGAGUUGUCAGACAUUUAACCCCAUUUCACUGUUUUUCCUGCUGAGACCACAAUGAUCCAAGUUCCGAUCUUAUUCUAAAAAACACACUUUUCUAAGAGUCUAACCAAGCCCUGGAACCAAACUGCUAACACAGAUAGGAUGAAAAAUACCUCACUGAAACUUUGUCAUUAAGUGACAGCUUCUGUGUAGCAUUAAUUAGUCUGGGUAUUGUAGUUCUAAAUCAGAAAGUUGUCCAAUAUUGGUCCAGACAGGAAGAAAAAUAAGUCAAAUUGACCUGAAACAGUGACUCAACUGGUCUGCACUCACACUAUGAUAACUGGGUCAAGUCAAGUUUGGUGGUUUUGGACUAGGACCUUGUUUCCAUAACCCACUGCAUAAUAGUCAAAUCAGGUGCUGCUUAAAUGAAGCUAACUUUUUGCAUUGUCCUCCUUCCAGCAACCUCAUCUGCCCCAGAACCAGCUCUGGAGGGGAGGGUGUGAAGCUCCAGAGCCUGUCAGGGACCGGGCUGAUGUGGCUGCAGCUGCCCGGCAGAGGGAUCUCUGAUUUCGGGGACACACGCCGAGGUACUUCUGCAAAAAUAUAGGACUGGAUCAGAUCACAUCUACAGGGUUUUAUGGAUUUAUUUUUCUGUUGCUCGGGUCUGAACCAGGACCUGGACUAUGCAUUCCCGUCCAGACCGUAAAGGACUCUAAAAUCAGGAUAAGACUCUUUGUGUUCCUCCAGAACUUCAGGACUCUUUUAUGACUCUUCACGUUUAAAGUCUUUAUUUUAUAUUAAGUGAGGAGCCGCCAUGAAAUGUUGAGUUUCAGCCUAAACGGAGCACAGGUGUGGCAGGAAGCAUUUUUGAUAUUUACAUAACCAGACAUACCUCAUGUUUUUUUAAAGAUCUGCAGAAUAAAACUAUUUUCAGGCAUAUUUUUGUACAGUAAAGGGAAUGUUCAGGCACUUCUUCUCCUUCCUCUACCACAGUUCAUUCUGACUGAUGAAUAUUAUUGUUUGUAUUUGAGCAUGUGAGGGUUCAAAUCCCAGCCAGCCUGCCUUGCUUUAAUGCCUUGCUGUUGUUUUAAACAAGUGUAUAGACAGAAAGGUGAGCCUUUAUUGUGGAAGGGAGAUUGUUUGGUUGUAUAUGUUGUGUAAAAUAGUUAAAGUUUAGGAGUUUAUGUAUACUGGUGUGAAUGAGUCCAAACUGGAUUUUCUGUUACAUUUUUUUUAUCAUUGACGGCACAUAUUUGUUUCUUUCCACUCAUUAUUUUUGUGCAAUAUAAAGAAAAAGAAAAAAAAUGAUCUAAAGGAGCAUUCCAUGUUUUUUUGGGUAGCGGAGAGGAGACUGCGUUAACUCGUCCUACAUGAUGAAGUCUGUAUGUGACAACUGAAUAAAUCAGCUGGAACUGAGACCUCUGCUCUGUCUGAUUAUUGAUCUUUGACAUGAUUGGCUGUCAGAGGGCCCAUUAAAGAGCCAGACCACUACAUUUAUGGCCGUUUACUCUCUAAAAAUAAUAAACAUUUUUCAACUACUUUUAAGACAUAUGUUAAACAAUUUCAUGGCAGGGUCCUUAAAGUAGUUUUUUAAUGCAGUUUAAUCAACUCUGAUUGUGUGACUCCAAUAGUUGUCAGAGUCCUCAAAUGCACUUAUGAAUAUCCAAACUACAUAUCCUGAAAAUAAAAGGGAUUUUCUUAAUAAGCUUGAAACAUCCUGGAAGCAAGGGGUGGACCUAAAAGUUCCAGGUGAAAAUUAACUCUAAGUUCAGUGUUUGAAUUCAAAGCUUUUGGUGCCUGAAUUGUAUGGUGGCCCUGAAGUUAAAAUCGUCAACACAAAAAACUUUUCAUGUGACCAAAAAAAGCUCAAAAACAUUUCAUACAAUCAAAAAACAUCAGAAACACUCACAAAUAAUAAUGCAUUUAGUUAAAUCUCUGCAUUUAAAUAGUUUUCAUGAAAUAUUUUUUUGCAUUCUGUAAUAUGUUUUUGCACAGUAUAUUGACUUUUGCAUUUCAUAAAAUACAAAGCAUUUUGUAAAAACAGCUUUCAACAUUGUGUAAAUUCUGUCAUUUGCAUUUUUAAAUAUUUUUCAUUAAAAAAAUGUAAAGAGGCGUCUCAAAAAUUUCUGCAUCUCUUAAAAUAUUAACUUAUUCCAUGGAAUAUUUCUUUUUUCAUCUCAUGAAAACAAAUUUGCUUUGGGUCAGAUAUUCUGAGAUCCUAAUUAUUUUUGAAAAAGUGUUACAAAUAAAAAAUUUUAAAAAACGCAGAUUUUGGAUUUAUUUUGGUUCUGUGAUUUUUGCUUUUUGUUAAAUUUCCGCGUCUUAUUUUUUAUCCCGCGGAAAAAAUUUUUGAAUCCUCUAUAUAUUCAUUCAUUCAUACUUUUUUUUAAUCAUGACAUAUUUUUGAGUGAAGUGAAAUAUAUUUACGAUUCAUGAAAUAUUUUCUUGACUUUAACUGUAGUAAAAGGUUUUCUAACUUAAGUGAAAUGUAACUCUGGUUCAUUUAGCCUUUUGGCCACUUAAGAUUAUGAUGGUUCGACUAGCAAUAAGCUCAGUAGGGAUCAUAGUAACCUUUUAAAGGUCCAUGAAAGUCUUUAAAAGCCUUGAAACACUAAGAGAUGAAUGUCAAACAAUAUGGAAAAACCAGGAAUGCUGAGACUUUGUGUGCAAAAUAAUUAAAUACUUCAAUAUUUGGCUGCUGGGCCUGCUGAA